AUGGUAGAUCAAGCGACUUUAUUCGACUUUCUCGACAAGAAUGGCGAUGGGACUAUAUCCGAGCAAGAGUUUCGUCUUGGGAUGGUUGAAUUUUACAAAUUUGGUCCACUGAAUUCUAAAGCACAAGCAAUAGUUGAAGAGCUCUUUAUGUAUUACUUCAAUUAUGCGGAUGGGAAGGGAUUAUUUAAUAAAGCUGAUGGGAUGAUAAGUAAACGUGAGUUCACGAACAUAGCCGACAUCCUUCCAUCUUCCCUUGGGACUGAUAAAUUGCGGGGACUGACUAGUUACAUUUUCUAUUUGAUUGAUAACAAUCACAAUGGGACGAUCGACAAAAACGAAUUGAAAAAAGUGCUUAAAAAAGGAGAAGACGACGAAACACUCGAGUGCAUUUUUAAUAAACUCGACGUCAAUAAAAACAAAAGAAUCAGUCACGAAGAAUUCAUUAAGUAUUAUAUCAACAGUUUUAAUGACGCAUUGAAUAAUUAA